GCCAGCCCAAGUGCAAACUCCAUUUCGAAGCGGCAGCAUGUCGGGCGAGAAGACCAUCUACUUUGUGCGCCAUGGCGAGUCGACCUUUAACGAGUGGCGAACGCGCAGCCUCUGGACCUUCUCGUGGAUCUUUGUCAAGGACCCAAUGAUCAUCGACGCUCCGCUGAGCCCGAAGGGCGAGCUGCAGGUACAGCAGCUCCAUAACGAGAUCCUGCAAAAGAAGCUCCACGAAUCCAUUCAACUUGUCAUCACAAGCCCUCUGACGCGUGCGAUUCAGACGGCGCUUGGCGGCUUUGAAGGCAGCAGCAUUCCGUUCCAAGUUCACGCGAGCUGCCGCGAGAUGCUCGACACCGCCUGUGACAUUGGUCGCCAGCCAUCGGAGUUGGCAGAGGCAUUCAUGGGAAAAUGCGUUGACUUUACGAGUCUGCGCGAUUAUUGGUGGCUGCCGACACCUCCGGCGACACCAAUGCCGACGCCGACGACGCCCAAGGACGUAGCGCCGCUUCGCGAGACGUCGACGGAAGUUAAUCGCCGCAUUUUGGAGCUGCUGCGUCAUCUGAACGAGCUGCCUGAGAUGCACAUUGCCGUCGUGUGCCACAGUAGCUUCAUCAAGCGUGCGACCAAGGCCUCUCGGAAGCUCGCCAACUGCGAGAUGCACGCGAUUUCACUGCGGGAAUUGCAGCGUCUCCAUGCCCCAUCGGCGUAGUCCAUCGUAUCAAGAGAACACGAGUGCUGGCGUACACGACACCACAGCGUACUAUCCGACGCCACUGCAGUAGUAUCCGCAUGGCUAAAGCUGCAAGUAUAUCACUGAGCCGCCGCGGCGGAGUUGCAGUUGGAAGCAGUGGUGGUUUCUAUGGAUGAGAAAAUGAUAUUCCGUGCGUACCGGUGCGAUACCAUAACAUUAGCAUGUC